AUGUACGCCGCUCAGAAUAUAACGCCAACAGUUUUGGAUGCUAUGAAUGGAAAUGUUUCCGAAUGGUAUAACGAAUGCGACAAUGCCAUUAGAAGGUCAGAAAUAGUUCCUGGAACUUACGAAUAUACAACUGCUGUUUCUUAUGGAAAUGUAGGUGAGUUUGGAGAAGGUUCUUCAACAACAGUAGAUAUUGCUUGCGACAGGUUUCAUAUAAUUUCUAUUGACAACUCAUUCUUAUACGUGGAACAAGACAUUGAAAUAAAACCUUCUGUCAAGUUGUCUGACAAGAAAGGUUGCAAUGGAAUUUUCUAUGUCGGAUACCAAUAUGCUCCAGAAGUUUUCAUGGGAUAUAAGAUAUAUUCUAACUCUGACUUAGUUCAAACAGUAACAUGGGCAAACUAUGAAUGGUUCGCUUUGAGAAACUCAGUACAACCACAAGCUAGAGAACAAACAGACCAGUAUGCAACUAUUGAGAAAAUAAGAAAACUUGACCCUAACGUUCCAGGAGUUUAUGUUGACCUUUCUGGACAAACUGCAGCAGCAGUAACCAAAGUAAAACUGAAACUUAGAGUUCCUUUGUCAUCUUUCCUCAUCUUCAGGUUUUUAAGAUACUUGCCAAACUGGGCAGGAAAAAUUUCUAUCGAACUUACUCCAAGCAAAAAUAACUUAGUCAUUGCACCAACACAAGACCCAUUCACUCUUACAGAAGUAGUGGGAACAAAUAAAAUGUCAUUCGCCGACUUUUGCAAAAACAAAGUUGACUUAGACUUUGGUUUCUCAAACCUCAACACUGAAGUAAACUAUUAUUUCAAUGCUGCUGGAGAUGCUUGGGACCCAGUUAAGUUCACAUGCGAAAAGUUUGAAUGCAAGAGAAUAGAAAGCAGACUUGCAGUCUAUAUGUUGGACCCAGAUAUUUCAAAUGCUUUAGCUGCCAAAUAUAUUGCAGUUCCACUUAUGUUCCCUAUACACCAAAUAUCUGUCAAAGACUUUGCAG